AUGGCCGACACUACCACCGAUGCGCCUCCUCAGGCUGUGCAGGUUGAAGCUCUCGUGAUUAUGAAGAUUGCGAAGCACUGCUCGACCAACUUCCCCAGCAUGGCCACUGGAGCCCUUGUUGGCAUGGACCAGAACAACGUUCUCGAGAUCACAAACACGUUCCCCUUCCCUACCGUCGACUCGUCGGCCACCGACAGCCACCAGAACGAUAUCGCCGCGGCUGCCGCUGCUGCUCCUCGUUCAAAGGCAAACAUCACCCACCAGAACGAGAUGAUUCGACACCUCAAGGAAGUCAACAUCGAUGCCAACAACGUCGGUUUCUACACUAGCGCCACCAUGGGCAACUUUGUCAACAUGGCUUUGAUCGAGAACCUAUACUUCUACCAGAAGGAGCACAGCGAGACUGUUGCUCUCGUCUACGAUACCAGCAGAAGCUCCCAGGGCAACCUGACUCUCCGCGCGUUCCGCCUUACCAACACUUUUAUGAGCGCUUUCAAGGAGAGCAAGUUCUCUACUGAGAGCCUGCAAAAGUCGAAGCUGACGUUCAAGGAUAUCCUUACUGAGCUCCCCAUCACCGUUCACAACUCGCACCUCCUCACCUCGUUCCUCCACCAGAUUCCCUCCGGUCCCUCAGAAGAAGACCUUGAGGGGCCCACGACGUUGGCGGAUCUCGAGCGCGAGCCCAUCAACGCUCCUCUCUACCCUAACAUCGACAACCUCGACGUUUCCGUCGAUCCUUAUCUGGAGAAGACCUGCGACCUUCUCCUGGAGAGCAUUGAGGCGCACUACACCGAUAUCAACAACUUCCAGUUUUACCAGCGCCAGCUUGGUCGCGAGCAGACCAAGAUUUCACAAUGGCAGGCCAAGCGCAAGGCCGAGAACGCCCAGCGUACUUUGGCGAAGCAGCCCCUCCUCCCCGAGGAUGAGUGGCAAAGGCUGUUCAAGCUGCCCACGGAGCCUAGCCGCCUGGAGGGCAUGCUUAACGCGAAGCAGGUUGAGCAGUACGGCAAGCAGGUCGACGGAUUCACGGCCGGUAUUACUUCGAAGAUGUUUGCUGUUCGGGAGAACCUUCUGCCCCAGUAG